AUGUCUGCUAGACCUGUCGCCAGCGCCCUGCGCGGCUCGCUGGCCAAAUCCCUGGCUUCCGCUUCGAGUGCGUCCCGCCGCUCGUUCGUCUCUGCUGCCGUCUCCGCCGCCGCCCGCCCGGCUGCCACGGCGGCCGCCAGAGCUGCCUUUGCUGCCCCCGUGGCCCAACAGGUCCGCGGGGUGAAGACCCUUGAUUUUGCCGGCACCAAGGAGACUGUCUACGAACGUGCUGAUUGGCCGAGAGAGAAGCUCCUUGAUUACUUCAAAAACGACACUCUCGCCCUCAUCGGUUAUGGCUCACAGGGUCACGGCCAGGGUCUCAACCUGCGCGACAAUGGCCUCAACGUCAUCGUCGGUGUGCGCAAGGACGGCGCCUCGUGGAAGGAGGCCAUCCAGGAUGGUUGGGUGCCCGGCAAGAACCUGUUCGACGUAACUGAUGCCAUCAAGCGUGGCACCAUCGUCAUGAACCUGCUCAGUGACGCCGCCCAGAGCGAGACCUGGCCCGCCAUCAAGCCCCUGAUCACCAAGGGAAAGACCCUCUACUUCUCCCACGGCUUUUCCCCCGUCUUCAAAGACCUCACAAAAGUCGACGUUCCCCCCGACGUCGACGUAAUCCUCGUCGCCCCCAAGGGCUCCGGCCGCACCGUCCGCACCCUCUUCUGCAAAGGCAGCGGCAUCAACUCCUCCAUAGCCGUCUACCAAGACGUGACCGGCAAAGCCGAAGAAAAAGCCAUCGCCCUCGGCAUCGCCAUCGGCAGCGGCUACCUGUACAAAACCACCUUCGAGAAGGAAGUCUACUCGGACCUGUACGGCGAGCGCGGGUGCCUGAUGGGGGGCAUCCACGGCAUGUUUCUCGCCCAGUACGAGGUGCUGCGCGAACGCGGGCACAGCCCCAGCGAAGCCUUCAACGAGACGGUCGAGGAGGCGACCCAGUCCCUGUACCCGCUGAUUGGGGCGAACGGGAUGGACUGGAUGUACGCUGCGUGCUCGACGACGGCGCGCCGGGGCGCGCUGGAUUGGAGCAGCAAGUUCAAGGAUACGCUGAAGCCGGUGUUCAACGAGUUGUAUGACAGUGUGAAGAAUGGGAAGGAGACGAAGAGGAGUCUGGAGUAUAACUCGCAGCCGGAUUAUCGGGAGAAGUUCGAGAAGGAGAUGCAGGAGAUUCGGGAUUUGGAGAUUUGGAGGGCUGGGAAGGCCGUGCGAUCACUCCGCCCUGAGAACCAGAAAUGA